CAUCGAGAUGGGAAACAUAAGAGACUGAAGAUUUAAAGGAGAAUCCAUAAUAAGUUUGCUCUCAUCCAUUUCUAGUAUAACGAGGUUUUAUGUUUGUCCUCUCAGCAUUUAUUUUGUGCUGAUUAUAUUACUAAUAAUCAGCCAGGUUAUAUUUUAAAGGGGUUGGGGAGGGGGGUCAACAUGUCGAUCCAGUACGAGGCACCGCUGGCGGACAGCUACGGGGUGGCGGACUCGUUUCCCAAAGAUUUUGGAUAUGGAGAAGAGGAGGGAGACAUUGAGGACAGUCCUAGUCCCUCCGACAGCAAACCGAGAAUCUUGCUGAUGGGAUUAAGGAGGAGCGGAAAGUCAUCUAUCCAAAAGGUGGUGUUUCAUAAGAUGUCCCCCAACGAGACCCUCUUUUUGGAGAGCACCAACAAGAUAUAUAAAGAUGACAUCUCCAGCAGUUCCUUUGUCAACUUCCAGAUCUGGGACUUCCCUGGACAAGUGGAUUUUUUUGAUCCUACCUUUGACUACGAGAUGAUUUUCAGAGGAACUGGGGCCUUGAUAUUUGUCAUCGAUGCACAGGAUGACUACAUGGAGGCCCUUGGUCGACUCCACCUAACAGUAUCACGGGCCUACAGAGUCAACCCAGAGAUCAACUUUGAAGUGUUCAUCCAUAAAGUAGACGGCCUGUCUGAUGACCAUAAGAUUGAGACCCAGAGGGAUAUACACCAGAGGGCUAAUGAUGACCUGGCAGAUGCCAGUUUAGAGAAACUUCAUCUCAGUUUCUAUUUGACCAGUAUAUAUGAUCACUCCAUCUUCGAGGCCUUCAGUAAAGUUGUCCAGAAGCUCAUCCCUCAGCUUCCCACACUGGAGAACCUUCUCAACAUCUUUAUAUCUAAUUCAGGGAUUGAGAAGGCCUUUCUGUUUGACGUCGUCAGUAAGAUUUACAUCGCCACUGACAGUUCACCAGUGGACAUGCAGUCCUACGAGCUCUGCUGUGACAUGAUUGAUGUGGUCAUUGACGUCUCCUGUAUUUACGGAUUAAAGGAGGAUGGCAGUGGCAGUGCAUAUGAUAAGGAGUCUAUGGCCAUCAUCAAACUCAACAACACCACAGUGCUGUACCUGAAAGAGGUCACCAGGUUCCUCGCUCUGGUCUGCAUCCUGAGAGAAGAGAGCUUUGAGCGUAAAGGAUUGAUAGACUACAAUUUCCACUGUUUCCGGAAAGCCAUUCAUGAAGUGUUCGAAGUGGGUGUUUCCACUUCAAGGACAAGCAGCCAGCCAACUGGCACCCCUCUCAUGAAGACUGUUGCCUUAAACGGAACCCCCAGGAGCACUGUGUAGAUAGAUGGCAAUAAAGACAAUGAUAAAAAGUGUGGAGAUGAUGGAAAAGGUAAUAAGAGAAGAGACAACAAGUCAAGAUGGGCUGCAUUCUGAGUAUGCUGACCAUUACUGCUCCCAAAAGCUUUAUAAGCAGAAGCAAAAGAGUUUGAAAGUCAUUAAAAUAAACUUGCUGCAGUGGGUGGGGCAGAAAUGUAACAUGGGUAAGCUUGCAAAGCUAAGCUACAGAUGGAUGGAAGGGAAGAGGCACAAAAGAAGGUGGAACACUUUUUUUGUGACUAAAAGGCAUUAACAAACUGUUCCUCCGGAGAACAAGUAACAAAGUGCAAGUCACUGAGGAAAAAACAAAAGCACAUCAAGAAACCUCUCACCCCGUCAGGCCAAACUGUCUGACCACUUGGAUGAAUGCUGUAUGAUAUGCUGCUGGUCACUUAACACAGUAGCCAAGUUUAAAUGCAUACCUGGUUUACUCCUCAACACGUGAAUGUUGCAGACUUCUGUGAAAAUUUGUGGUGCACAAAAUUUACGAGUAUACUUCUGAAGCCUUAUGUAGAGUUUGUCUGUCUGAUGUAAGCCCCUAGUGUACACAUGCACACUCGGUCACCUAACCAACCCAUGAAUUGUGUAUGAAAGGUUACUAAAGGGAUUGCAAUGUG